GCAGAAGGCGGAGGACACGGGACAGGAAGAGGCGCAGUGGAAAAGAAACAAGAUGGCAACUGGUUUAGACCACGGGCUGAAAAGAGUAGUUUGGCAAAGAUUAAAAGACACAAUCAUUGCCGAUUGCAGAAAGUCUGAAGCAUGGAAGAUUUUGAUUCUGGACCCCUUCACCACCAAACUGUUCUCAUCAUGCUGCAAGAUGUCCGACCUGAUGUCAGAGAAAAUAACAAUUGUGGAGGACCUGUACAAAAGCAGAGAGCCUGUUCCAGAAAUGAAGGCCAUCUACCUCAUGACACCUACUGCAAAGUGUGUGGAUGCCUUUAUUGCUGACUUCAAGCUGAAGCCCAAGUACAAAGCAGCCUAUGUUUACUUCACCGACUACUGCCCUGAUGACCUGUUCAACAACAUGAAGCUUUACUGUGCCAAGCACAUACGUGUCUGUAAAGAAAUAAGCAUAUCCUUUUUGCCACAAGAGGCACAAGUGUUCACCUGUGAUAAUCCGGGGGCUUUCCGGAGCAUCUACAGUCCACACAGCCAGGACAAAAGAAAGACACUGGAGACACUUGCAGACCAGCUUGUCACGCUCUGCGCCACACUGGAUGAGUACCCAGGGGUCAGAUAUAAGAAGGACACCAACAUGGAGAAUGCCAAGUGCCUGGCAGAGCUGGUGGAUGAGAAGCUAUCCAAAUAUUAUGAGAUGGAUGACAGUGGCAAGAAAAAGGGAAAGACCCAGGCCCAGCUGCUGAUACUAGAGAGAGGCUUUGACCCCGUCAGCCCCAUCCUCCACGAACUGACCUACCAGGCCAUGGCCUACGACCUCAUCGCCAUUGAGAGCGACACCUACAAGUACAAGUCUAAGGAUGGCUCAGAGAAGGAGGCCUUGCUGAAUGAGGAGGACAUGCUUUGGGUCAAACUGAGACACAUGCACAUCGCCGAAGUCUCAGAACAAAUCCGCAAGCUGGUAAAGGAAAUAUCUGCAAACAAGAAAGAGCCAGAUGGAAAGAUCACGAUUAGUGGUUUAUCCCAGCUGAUGAAGAAGAUGCCGUUAUUCCGUAAACAGGUGGCUCAGAAAACGGUUCAUCUGAACUUGACCGAGGACUGCAUGAACUAUUUCCAGAAGAAUGUGGAGAAACUCUGCAAAGCUGAACAGGACCUGGCGGUGGGCUCGGACGUGGACGGGGUGAAGGUGAAGGACCCCAUGAGGACCCUUCUUCCGGUGCUGCUGCACCCCUACAGCAUCCACGACAAGAUCAGAGCCGUACUGCUCUACAUCUUCAGCCUCAGCGGAACAACCGAGGAGAACUUGAGCAAACUAAUUCAGCACGUAAAGAUUGAAGAUGAACGCGAGUAUAUUGAGAACUGGAAAGAGCUGGGGGUCCCUAUCAUCUCAACGCCCAGUUUCUUCUCUCGUAAGCCGAACAGACGGGAUCGUUCCCAUGAGGAGAAGUACAACCUUUCCCGGUGGACUCCUGUCAUCAAAGAUGUGAUGGAGGAUGCUGUGGAGAACAAGCUGGACACCAGGGAAUGGCCGCAUCAGUCGGAGUGUCCUACAGCCUGGAACGGCUCCGGGGCUGUCAGUGCCCGUCAGAAGCACAAGGCCAGCUCUCAGGACGACCGCCGCAGCGGCUCACGUCUCAUCAUCUUCGUCAUCGGAGGGAUCAGCCACUCUGAGAUGCGCUGUGCCUACGAGGUCACCCAGGCGGUCAAAUCCUGUGAAGUCAUCAUAGGGUCGUCUCACAUUGUGACCCCCACCAGCCUCCUGGAGGACAUCAAGGCCCUGAGCAAAGGCCCCAUGGAGACUUUCACUAUCGAUGAGAGGAGCAAUGCCUGAGGAACCUGCCUCCCCCCCCGACUAACACCUCCCUAAACCCCAACGCAUGUCCUCAUCUCAUAUCAUUCAGCACAGUGCACUCAACUUUCAGGAUGCAAUGGAAAACCGAAGGGAAUUCAGCUCAUAGUCAUCUCUUUUGUUUUAAUACUCUUUUCAGCGAUGGUGCACGUUUGCUGCAGGGCAGUUCACUUUCAUUUCAGUCGGGUCAGGAAGCAGUAUUUGUCUUCUUGGAAAACUUUGGCAUAACAACAUUGUCAUUUACAUCUUUUAAAGACACACGGAGCAACAAGUGUGAUAACAGCAGCCGAUGAAUUGCAGUUUCUGUUUUCAUAUUAUUCAUUCACAUUCAUAUAUUAAAAGUGAAGUGUCCCACCCUGCAGAUAAUCUUUGACCUACUAGGAGCAUUUUAUUUUAUCAUUAUGUAUAACCUGCCUAUCCGUGUUUGUAUUAAGUCCUCACAAAUGCGAAUGUUACAAGUUGGAAGACCUCUGAGAAAUGUUUGGAGACAGAAUGGGUGCGGGAAAGUCGCGCUAAACUAAUGUAUAUAUUGUAUGUAAGCACUGAACCCCCGCUACGCCAUUUUCACUUUUUUCUGUGAUUACUGUUUAUAUAUACUUUCCACAUUAUGUAAUUUUGAAGAGUGUUUUUAACAUAGAGUAUUUACUUUUUUGUUCUUGAAUUGAACAACUGACAAAUAAAUGAAUGAAGUGGUU